AUGGCAACCAGAGGCUGGGAGGAGUUGGACAGAGGCCUAGGCAGCUGCCAGGCUGGCAAGGACCUCUCUGUGCUGGCUGAGCCCCAGGAGGACAGGGUUCGAGGGACAUCCAGGCUGGCCGACCCUAGCAGCUGGCCCCAUGACACUCAGGAGACCAUGGGUGAAGGCAAAAGUGCAGAUACCAGGCCCAAGAAGAUAGAAAAGGAGCCUGCAGCCAGGGGUGCCCCAGGAUCUGGGAAGGAGAAGCUAAAAGCUGGAGCAAGCCCUCGCACUGCCCCUGCUCCCAAGAAGACACAGGCUGCUUCACCCCUGCAGCCACCACCACCACCUCCGGCCCUAAGCGAGGAGCUGCCCUGGGGGGAGGUGACACUCAACAAAUGCCUGGUGCUGGCCUCCCUGGUAGCGCUUCUGGGCUCAGCUUUCCAGCUGUGCCAUGACACAGUGGUUGGAGAAGUGGCUGUCCCACCGCCUGCCCCUGAGCUGUGGGCCCCACCAAGCUUGGUCCGGAAGGAGUCCACAUCACUCCCACCUAUGCCUACAGCGUGGGCGCCCCUACCUGGGCUGCCUGCACCCCAGGCAGAGGCGAGGGACAGGCCCAAGAUUUCCAGGAAUCGAAAGGCAACUGAGAAGGAUGAGGAGGAACCUGGGAAGACCGCUGGGGAGGAUUGCGCUCCCCUUGCAGAUCGAGGACCCAAGGAGAGCCAGAGGAAGGUGGAGAAGCCGCGGGAGAGGCCGCGAAAGGAGGAGAGGUCAAGAAAAGAGGAGAGGCCGAGGAAGGAGAGGCCCCCAGCCUCCAGGAAGGCUAACAAAGGGAACUAUCAGCCGUGGGCGCGAGACUUCCGGGAUGCGGAGCACAGCAAGAGACAGCCUUGGGCCUCCCCACAUCGCCCCAGUGAGCAGCACCGGCCUUUGGGCCGCCAAAAGCAUAUCACAGGCAAGGGGCGAGACUGA